AUGCGGCCGCCCACGGCCUGCGAGUUCUGCCGCCUCUAUUUUGACUACGUCCACGACCAGCUGCACACUCUGUUCCAAAAGCCAGCAUUCAUGUCCGAUCUGGCCAUGAACAAGACACCGAUGGUCCUCAGAUAUGCCAUGAUGGCUUUGGCUGCCAGAUUCUCCUCCAAUGACUACUUUUCCGGCAUGAGUCCGAGAACGAGAGGCACGAAAUGGGCCCGCAAGGCUGCCAGCCUUCUCGACGUCAGUCAUGUCAGCUUGACCUCCGUCCAGGCUUGUGUCAUGCUUGGGGCUUGCCGGAUCAUUGAGGGCGAUGCUCCCGGCGAAUCGGUGUAUUAUGGCAUCGCUUGUCGGAUGGCGCAGCUUUUGGAUUUGCCCCAUCGCGCUUGCGAGACUCGUCUUGAGCGAGAGAUUAAUAUUAGAGUGUGGCAUACGCUCUGCAUGAUUGACGAAUGGUCGUCCUCAGGCGUCCGUGUCCCAAGGCAGAUUGCCGAUCCACCAUUGGAUGUCCCGCUACCUAUGGAAGAAAUGGCUUUUCUGCAGCUACGAAGCACCGAGAGCAACGACAGAUCGGGACCACGCGAUCACGACUCACCAUCGCUCUUAGGCCAGAUGAUUGCUCUGAAUCGCAUCUUUCGAGACGUCAAUGCCUUGAAUAGCCAAGCAGCAGAUACUCAAGUAUUACCACCAGACAUCCGAGCCGUUGAGGCUCUCACCGCCAGGAUCGACGAGUGGGAAGCACAGCUACCGUCUUACAUGCGAGAUGAACCCGCCAACCUCGCCCAUUACGCCGCACAAGGUCUCGGCAGAAUCUAUGUCGCCGUCUACCUUGGCGUCUACCACUACGGCCAGCUCCUCUACUACCAGUUCCUCCAAGGCGCCAAAGACGACCAGCACAACGGCAGCAUCAUCAACGCAUUCGCCGACCGCUGCAAAUCCCACGCAGCCAAACUUUGCAACAUGGUCUACGCCGCCCUCGACACCCCCGGCUGCGACGUGCUCUACAACAUGGUCGGCCACAUCCUCGUCAUAGCCUCCACCAUCCAAAUCCACACCUUGCUCUUCUCCACCAAUGCCGCCGAAAUCUCCUCAGCGCGACAGCGACUCGAACGCAAUUUCAACAUCCUGCUCCGCCUCCGAGACCUUUGGCCCUCUCUCGACUUUUGCAUGAUGCGACUGCAAGCCUUUCAUAAAGCUUGUCGGACUUCGAUGGAGACUUCGUCAAGCUUGAUCGCUGGAUGCUGAAAUUUUUGUCCGAGUUUGCGAAUCCGGUGGAAGAUCGGCCGGAGUGGGUUUUUGGGGAUAUUGUUAUUACGCCUUCUUCGGAUUUUGGGGUGGGGAGUGUGGCGAAUGUGAUUAGGGAGGGGGAGGAGGCUGGGAAUGAGGGAUGAGGUGACGGAGGACUGCUGUGCGCUUUCCGGCUUCGAUGUAUCCAUGUCAUUAGGUGAGCCCUCUAGGGGCUUACGAGCUGGACAUCCCAAAGCCUGCCAAAUCUCGGG